GGAUAUCAAUGUCUCAUGCGUACAUAUGUAACAACUCCAAAAAACGGGAAAUACGACCGUCAUGUUGCUCUGAAAUCAACUACGAUUAGUCAAAUUUUUCUUUCAUAAUUAAGUGGUGCGGGGUUUUCCAGAAAGAAUACUGCAGAGGGCACAUCAACAUCAAUAUCACCUUCUUGAUUUCGAAGUAUUAUUUGGUUGAUUGGGUCAAUCUAACAAUUGUCUCGACUUCAACCUUUACAAUUUUUGACAACUGACAACUCAACACAUACCGUCAGAGUUUACAAAAAGUCUGUAGAAACGGACGAGAGACAAUUUUGGUUUUAGCUAAAUUUUCAACCAAUUCACUACAAUGACUUCGGAUUGGGAUGAAAUCAAGCGAUUGGCUGCUGAUUUUCAGAAAGUCCAAUUGUCAUCCACUUUGUCCAAACUUUCCGAAGCCAACUGCAUCGAAGUGGUAAAUCUGCUGAUCGAACGGGAAUUGAUAAAUGUCGUCUUCACCGUUGACGGAAAGGAAUACAUUACACCCGAGCAUUUGGAGCGAGAACUUGAGGAUGAAUUGUAUGCGCACGGUGGUUGCAUUCAUCUCGUCGAGUUGGCAAAAAAUCUGAAUGUGGACCAAAGUCGCAUCAAUCAAUUGGCCGAAACGAUAGCCAAGGAUAAGGACGAUCUGCAUUUGGUUCUCGGCUAUCUACUCAACGAAGACUAUUGUCGCAGUUUAGCGGUGGAAAUAAAUGAAAGUCUUUCACAGAAAGGAGAAGUGUCAGUGUUCGAACUGGCCAGUCAUUACAGCUUGCCGACCGAAUUCUUGUUGCUGCAUGUAAUGCAGAAAUAUUUGGGGACAAUCAUACAGGCCAAACAGGACAGUGAAGAUAAUAUGAAAUUCUUCACGCUGAAAUAUUUGGCACGAUGCCGUGCAAAGUUGAAGGGAUCACUGAUCGGUUUGACGAUGCCAACACCGGUUGCGACAUUCUUCCAAAACAUCGGCGCUCAAGAGUCCAUCUAUCAUGCAUUGAUCAAUGAAUUGAAUCCGACCGGUGUCAUUACAUCGAAGCAGAAAGGAGCACUGUACAUUCCAUACGUUUACACAAAAACGCAGUCUGAUUGGGUCGAUGUGUUUUACAAGCAAAAUGGAUAUUUAGAGUAUGAUGCUGUUGCACGGCUGGGUGUAUCGGCGCCGUUGAAUUUCAUUAAACGGCAAUUGGCCACGCAAGAUUGUACGUACUUGAAAAAGUGCUGUGUUGAUCAGCGCAUCAUUGGACAGAUCGAAGCAGCUCUUGAGGAAUGCAUUGUAACCGGAUCGUACCUGGAUGCGACCACAAUUCUUCCAUCGAUCAUGAGCGAAGAGGAUAUUGCUGACAUUAUAGCCAUAGUGUUGAAACCGAAUAAACAAAAGUCUACGCAACUGAUCGGAACAACGAUAUUCACGACUCAAUUUAUCGACAAACUGAUGGAACCGUGCCAAGAAAUCUGUGCCCGAAAUGCUAAACAAUUUGUGGAGAAUGGAAGCUACCAAAAAUUUAUAAGCGAAUCCCAGGGGAGCGGUGGAAAAGCAUACGAUUUGGAUGUGGAAUCGUCAAAGGCAGAUAAAAAAGACGAACGAAGACGUAAAGCAACUGGUGGAAAGAGCGGUGGUGGUGCACAAGGACGUGAAACUAAAACUAAAUCGACGAAAAAACAUGUUCGAGGUGGUGGGGACAAGGGACGUCAUUCCGAUUCGGAUGACGAUACCUACAGCAAUAAGAAGAAGAGCAAUGCAACGCUGGAUCUGGUUACCGUCAAGGAAAUCGAAAAGGCAAUUUUUAAGCCGUUGGAUGCAGAAGGUCUCGGUGAUUUAUCCGAUGAAUUGGCUCAACAAUUUUAUCCCCAAUUGUCACGAUCAGCACAAUCGAUCGCUCAGUCCUUAUUCGAAGCAUCAUUGAAGUCGUCAUCGCAAAAUCGUCGACAGGUCCAUUCAAAUGUACAGGACAAGAUAAAUGAAUCCCUGGGCGAUAUUCGAUUAUAUGAGAAAGGGCUCAAGCUAUUUCCGGUUACUCUACAGCCUCAGCUGGUGAAAUAUCUCUUAAAAUCGCUUGGCAACGAUGUUUGUAAUGAGAUUUUUGUUUAUGUUGCCAAUGAGUGUAACCUGAGCUACGAAGGUGAAUUAACGGUAGAACAGCGAGCUAAGAUUCAACAGGAAUGUGCCGAAGAGUAUCGGUCCGUCCUAUCAGCACUAGCCAAAACAAUAAGUGGCACUUCAGUCGAAGACUUUUUAACAGCCGCCGAAAAUGCACUAAUCGCCUGCAGUAUGAUUUUGAAGAAGGUGGACAAGAAGAAGGACCGAACCUUAAUUAUGGUACACAAGCACAAACUUCUCGAUGAAUUAACGAAAUGCCAGGAUGCUGGACUCGUGCUGCAUCUAUGUGUUCUUGUCAUUUUCACCGUGUCCACACAAUGUAUUUUACAUGCGUCCGGGAAGCAUGUUUCAUCCAUUUUGAGCUACUUACAACCGGUACUGGAUGACAAACAACGCACUACAUUGAUGGCCUAUCACGAUUUAGUUCUAAAAAUGCUGAGCUCGGAUGGCGAUGCAGCCAAAGCAGCCGCCAAUGACAUUGACGGUAUGAUGAAAGAGGUUAAAGAAAUUGCGGCUAACUAUAAAAAGGCUGGUGUAACCAGUGCCGAGUGAUUAAAUUAUCCAAAUCGCGUACACCAAUUCAACUGAGGAAUGCGAACAGUGAACACUGAAGUUACGGAUUUAAAAUGAAUUUAUUGUUGUUGAUGUUGCCGUCGGUUUAUUGAUUUUGUACUAAGAAAAUAAAGAUUGGAUGUUG